GGCUUGGGCCGACUUGAGCCUUGGCUUAAAAUUAAUAAAGUGUAAUUAGAUCUAUAUGACUUUACUAAUUACUUUCACUUUAUCUUUUAAACUUUUAUGUAGAUCUAUGAUUUAAUUAUGUCUACUAUCAUAACUAUUUUAUUCAACAGACCAUACUACCACUAGAAUGAGACAAUUAAAAAAUAUCAGAAGCACAUUGCCGUGGAGAAUAUUAUUCUUUGGAACAGAUGAAUUUUCAUUAAAAAUACUAGAAUCUCUAAAUGAAAACAGAUUAAGUCAUUCUAAACACAAAGUGGUGGAUUGUCUUCAUAUUGUUCACCCAAAUGUGAAAAAUCCAUCUCCAGUUCUGAGAUAUGCUGCUCUAUCUGACCUCUCCGGGUUUGAAUGGCCCACCAAUAAUAUACAGACUAAUGCCUAUGAUGUUGGUGUACUUGCAUCAUUUGGACACCUGAUACCAAAAAAAGUUAUUGAUGCUUUCCCUUAUGGUAUCAUCAAUGUUCACCCCAGUCUUCUGCCAAGAUGGAGAGGUGCUGCCCCUUUACACCACACAGUUCUUAAUGGGGAUACAACUACUGGAAUAAGUAUCAUGUCCUUGAAACCUAAACAUUUUGAUUCUGGUCCUAUCCUGAAACAGAAAAAUUUGGAUGUUCCAUUCAAUUCGUCAGUGCAUGGGCUUCGAGAUUUCCUGGCUGUUGAAGGUGGGAAAUUGAUCAUCGAUGUACUCUCCAACCUUCCAGAGUGCAUCAUAUCAGAGAAACAACAACCUGAAAAUGGUGUUACUUAUGCUCAUAAGUUAACUUUGAACAUGUCAUUUAUUGACUGGGAGAAUCAAACGCUUGAUUCAAUAGACAGACAGUACAGAGCCAUACAUGAAACAACAGAACUUAGAACAGAAUUUAAUGGUUUGACCAUACGAUUGUUAGAAAUGUUAAGUCCAAGAUACAGUCCAAAUAUAGCCUUAGAUUCUGACAGCCCUCCUGGUAAACCAAUAUUUGAUAGAGCCUCCAAUGUAUUAUGGGUACGGUGUAAGGAUCACUGGGCUGGUUUUAUGCGUGUUGUGAUCAAAAAGAAGAUGACUGCUAAAGAAUUCUAUAAUGGAUACCUCUCUAAAGGUCAUUUCAGUGGAGCUCUUUUUACCAGUAAACCUAACAACUUAUUUAAUGACAUCUAUAAUCAAUGGAUCAAAGAAAAAAAGCCCUCCUGACAUCCUUGGUGCUAGUAAAUGAAGCUAACUUAUAUUUCUCUUAAUUCAACAAUAAAUAAAUAUUUCUAUUUUUAAUUAUAACAAA